CUGACACACUUUCAGAUAUUCUCAUGGUGCAGCUGUGUUCCCCAGAGAUCAAGGACUAUGACCCAAAUGAGGCUGUAAUGCUUUGGCACAAAGACGGUGUCAGAAGCAGGAGGCAAGACUUCAUGGACAGAGAAAACAAGGAGUCUGACUAGAUUUCAAUGAAAGAGUUCAUAAAAACAUCUCUAAAAAUAAAUAAAUAAAUAGUAAAAAUGACAAAAGAGUUGUUUUUCUUAUUAAUUGAUGUUUUAAUUAUUUUGUCACUCUGUUUGGAAUCAACAUAAUACAGAAUAACAUGCUUUAGGUAGAUCUAAUCAUUUAGAAUUUUGGCCGGUAAAAAAUAUGCUUGGCCGGUAGAUUUUCAUCAUCUACCAGCCAACUUGGCCGGUGAGUAAAAAAAUUAAUUUCGGACCCUGAUUGACCCAUUCACACACACUUUCACACACUGAUGGUAAUAAGCUACAUUGCAGCCACAGCUGCCCUGGGGUGCACUGGCAGAAGCUCAAUGCCAAAGGGAUCAAUGUAUGUAGCAAAUCCAUGGCAUAAUGAAGGUGGUCUAACAAAAUUUGUGUUUGACUUUUUCUGUUGUGGUGAACUCCUGAUUUCCUGUAUUACCUCACUUGCCAGAGUCAGCUGUGAUGAGUGUCAAGUAAUGGGUGAAAUGGACCCAGAAUGCUGACCUGCAGGCAAAUAAGAGUUAAUAAUUUGAAAGCUGCAUGACAUAAAGAUUUUGAAUUGUUUAUUUUUGCUUUAAAACAUUUUUAAAAGACAUUUAAGUUUAUAACAAUCAUAAUCAUAGUUAAAAUUCAGAAGUCAUUAGUGAAGCUGUAACGAUUAAAUUUACAUAUUAUUUAAUGAAUUGCCGUAUUAACUCAGAGACAAAAGAAAGAGAGUCAAGUUUUAAAAGUUUAAAGAUUUAUUACUAAACAAAUUAAAACUAGACUAACUUUAACACUAAAUGUAUGGUGUAACUAAGGUGAAGUAAGACUGAAGAUGGUGUAGUGUGAAAUGUUGUUCAGAACCAGCAAAUCCGGAGAAACGUAGUUCUGAUGGGAGUGAAGGUGAUGUUUCGCGCUAAGCUUUUGGUUUGGAGAUUCAUAACACACAAUGAGACGCCAUUCUUACGGUCUACGUACCCUUGGCGGAUGUCCCCGUCUAGAUCAGAAGGUGUAGAGGUUCAGCUUGGACCUUUCUGGAGCCGAAGCCUGUAGAACAGCCGCAGCUGCUGACCAGUCCAGUCUUGAGAUACUCCCAGGUCACCACAGUUUUAUUGGCAUCUAGCAAGACCCAAAAAGGGGUAGUGAUGGUUCAGCUUUUAUUCUGAAAGGAACCGUUGAAGCAGGUGGAACAUGCAACGGAUAAUCCAGCUUGUCGUUGGUUGUUUCGGCUGAAGAGGAAAGUUACGGAUUGGCCACUCCGACACUUCUCUAGAACGCUUUGAACUGGAGUUAAAGAUGACGUGGGCAUAGUUUUAUACUUUGGAUGUUUUGAUUUACGGUCGAAUCAAAAAAGGACAGAUUUACCAAACACAAACAGAACCACGCCUCGCGUCAGAUCUGUUCUUUCAUUUUUUGUCGUUAUGAGCAUCACUGAGAGUAGAUUUCAAAGAAGAUUUCAAAACUGUGGCCUUGGAGCCGGAAGAUGUGAAACAAAUAUCAAGAGGAAGUGAGGAAAGACUGAAUAUGCUAGCAUUGAUCCCUGGUCAGCCUCAGCAUAGCUGAGGGCAUUAUUAACAGUGUGAAAAGCAACAACCACAUUGCAAAGUUUACCUUGGUCUUCUUUUUAAGUCGCUCCUAAGGGAAUGCUGGCUGUGAGAGUGAGUCAGAGUUUGUUAAAGGCAGGCUGGGUUUAUAAAACCUCAGCCAGCCUCUCUGCUCAGGAGUGUGGAGGCCACUUCCCUCGCCAGUCCGUCACAGUUGCAGCGAGGUCUGUGAGCAACAGCAUCCUUACUUUUCACUCUGGAGGGCAAAGGAACAGCAAGUCAGCUCUUCACCAUGAGGUCCUUCUUCCCUCUGCUCUUGCCCCUGAUUCUGGUGUCCCAAGGGUCUUCAGCCGUCAUCACAGGGGCCUGUGAGAGGGACUCCCAGUGUGGAGGAGGGAUGUGCUGUGCAGUAAGCCUAUGGAUCCCCAGUCUGCGUAUGUGCAUGCCCAUGGGACGAGAAGAAGACAGCUGUCAUCCUCUGAGCCACAAGGUCCCGUUCUUUGGGAAACGUCUCCACCACACCUGCCCCUGUCUGCCCAACCUGUCGUGUACCACCAUAGACCGGGGCAAGUCCAAAUGUCUCUCCCCAUACAAGUAUCCAGAAUACUUCCUCUGACUUAGCCACACAAUUUGCUUCCUACUCCUUUUUCUUUCCUCUCCAUUUUUUAUUAUUGUCCCUCGAGAAACAUUUGACAUGAAGUUGGUUCUGCUUAAACUAAAAUAUGUAUUAAAAAAAACUUCUGAUUGUUGUUUUUUAUUUAUUGUUUUCACUGUGAUCUGUUUGGACUCAUUUUAAAACAACACCAUCUGCAGCACUUGUAAAUAAACCAAUGAGGAUUAAACCUAAUGUUUUAUGAUUUUUUAAUCAUAUCUUAUUGUACAUUUUUCAUACACAUUAUUCCUAAUUAUUUGAAUAGUCAGAAAGCAGUGCCCCUUUCCGUAAAUUCAGUUUAUGCUCUGUGAUCUUUCAGCUGCUCUCCACUGAAGCAUGAGCAGAAAUACGUCAUUACUCUGGCAAUGACAGGAAAUGCUAAGCAAAUUAUGUCAGUUGGAUUCUGAUUGUGACGCACUUUUCUAGCCUCCUCAGUGACAAAGACAGACCUUGGGAACAUUUUCAUUCAUGCUAGCGAAUGAAAGAUGGUGUCGCCUUCAAAGCAGAUGGAAUGCUAAAAUUGCUAUGAAAUUAUUCACCAUCACAUUAUGAAGCAGAGCCUCUUCAAGGCACACUAUUAAAUUAGAAACUUAAAGCAAGGACUCUUGCAGUCUAACACUGCACUGGUGCAUGGUUCUUCUUUGCGACAAGGAAUGUGGGAUAAAACUGAUUAAAUUUGAUUUAAAAAACAAAACAAAUUGGAAAAUAGAAAUGAGGGCAUUAGAUUGAAAAUUUAGUUUUGAAGAAAUGUUAAAGCAAGGUGAGCAUGAUCUGGUUUCUUCUGAGCUUGGAUCGGAUUUGGAAACUAGAUAGAGCCAACAUCAAAAGAAAAGGUAAAGCUUCUGCCAGAGGGUCACCAUGACAGCACACUAG